AUGAAGCGGCAGAACCUGCGCACGGCCGCGCUCAUCCUCUGCAUCUUCUCCUACCUGCUGGUGGGCGCCGCCGUCUUCGAUGCGCUGGAGUCGGAGGCGGAGAGCGGCCGCAAGCGGCUGCUGGAGCAGAAGCGCGGGGAGCUGCGGAGGAAGUACCGCUUCUCCGCCGACGACUACCGGGAGCUGGAGCGGCUGGUGCUGCAGGCCGAGCCGCACCGCGCCGGGCGGCAGUGGAAGUUCGCCGGCUCCUUCUACUUCGCCAUCACGGUCAUCACCACCAUCGGCUAUGGGCACGCCGCCCCAGGCACGGAUGCCGGCAAAGUUUUCUGUAUGUUCUACGCCAUCCUGGGCAUCCCCCUGACGCUGGUCAUGUUCCAGAGCCUGGGGGAGCGCAUGAACACCGUUGUGCGGCUGCUGCUCAAGAAGAUCAAGAAGUGUCUGGGCAUGAGGACAACCAAUGUCUCCAUGGAGAACAUGGUCCUAGUCGGCUUUCUGUCCUGCAUGGGGACCCUGUGCAUCGGCGCAGCAGCCUUCUCUUAUUUUGAGGGCUGGACUUUCUUUCACGCCUAUUAUUAUUGCUUCAUAACCUUGACCACUAUUGGCUUUGGAGACUUUGUGGCUCUGCAGAAGAACGAGGCUUUGCAAAAGAAGCCCCCGUAUGUGGCUUUCAGCUUCAUGUACAUCCUGGUGGGCCUGACCGUCAUCGGUGCCUUCCUCAACCUGGUGGUGCUGCGGUUCCUGACGAUGAACUCGGAGGACGAGCGGCGGGAUGCCGAAGAGCGAGCCUCCCUGAGGAGAGCCCGGAACAACAUCCACCUCAAGCCAAAAGAGGACAGCCGAAGCAGCAAUGCCAUUUUUCUCCCCGUGGAGGACAGGACGAGCCAGAUGAACCUCAUCCCGCUGAUCCAGGAGGACGCGGAGAGGCAGCGGCGCCAGUCGGCCAACUCGGCAGCCGCAGUCCCCUCCUUCUGCACGUGCCUGUGCUACAGACCUCAGCUGUGCGGCAGCCCGGUGCCCUCCCACCCCGAGACCCUGAGCUGCCACACCAACCCCGUGUAUUACAACUCCAUUUCCUACAAAAUUGACGAGGUCUCCCUGAGCACACGGGGUCAGACCGGCUCUUCCCCGGGGAGCACUUUAUCAUCCAACAGCCCUCGCUGCCGGCAACACCCCCGGCUGCGGAGGAAAUCCAUCUAGGAGCACGUGCCGAGCUGUACUCAGCGCUCGAGUCUUACUAUGAUGAUAAAUUAAGAACAGAGAUGUCAGGCCCUUCUUACUGCUCUCAUUUCUUCUGUUCCUCUCCCCUUUCAGCUGGCAGCCAGCCCCACGGAGGGUCCAGCAGGAGCCUUUAAACCCUGUUGAGAAAUAAUCAUUCCUUUUUGCAGGCACUGAAUGACAUAUUGUUAGUUUUAAUUUGCU